GGGUGGAGUCAAGGAGCACAGAAGACUUCCUGGGGCAUGCCACCAAGUGAGGACAUUUCCAAUCACACCCUCAGCCAGGAACACAGACUUGUGUUUUCGCUGCUGGUGGCUGCCACAGCAGUCCUUGGGAACCCUGCCUUCCUGUUGGGUUGGCCAACAUAGCAGACACCUGAGCUCCCCUGAGAACCGGUGAUGUGUGUUCUGCUCUCCCUGCUCCUGUUGGCCUCCGUCUUCUCUCUGGGCCAGACCACGUGGGGUGUCUCCAGUCCCCAGGAUGUGCAGGGCGUGACGGGAUCGUGUCUGCUCAUUCCCUGCAUCUUCAGUUUCCCUACCAAUGUCAAAGUGCCUAACGGCAUCACAGCCAUCUGGUACUAUGACUUCUCGGGCAAACGGCAGGUGGUGAGCCACUCAAGGGACCCCACCCAGGUGGAGAAGCGCUUCAAGGGCCGAGCCGAACUUUUGGGGAACAUGGAUCACAAGGAGUGCAACCUGCUGCUCAAAGACCUGCAGCUUGAAGACUCGGGCACCUACAACUUCCGCUUUGAGAUCAGCGAAGGCAAUCGCUGGUCAGAUGCCAAAGGCACCACAGUCACCGUGACAAAGGAGCCCAGAGCUCCCACUGUUGCUCACAUAGAGGAGCUGCGUGAAGGUGUAGAGGUGAAUUUCAACUGCUCCACACCGUACGUGUGCGUGCAGGAAGAGAUCAGGCUUCAGUGGCAAGGCCAGGAUCCCACUCAUUCCUACACCUCCAGAUUCCGAAGCCUCGAGCCCACUGGCGUCUACAGCCAGGAGAUCCUACACAUGGCCCUAUCCUGGCAGGACCAUGGCCGGACCCUGCGCUGCCAGCUCUCAAUGGCCACCCACAGUAGUCAGAAAGAGCUUUACCUACAAGUGCAACAUGCCCCCAAAGGUGUAGAGAUCUUCCUCAGUUCCUCAGGAAGGAACAUUCUUCCGGGGGAUCUAGUCACACUCACGUGUCGAGUGAACAGCAGCUAUCCUGCCAUCACUUCUGUGCAGUGGACCAAGGAUGGAGUGAGCCUUCAAGCUGACGGGCAUGUGCUGCAGCUCUCCUCAGCAACCUGGAAUGAUUCCGGGGUCUACACCUGUCAAGCAACAAAUAAUGUGGGCUCUCUGGUGUCACCCCCGCUCAGCCUCCAUGUUUUUAUGGCCGAGGUCAAGAUGAGCCCAGCAGGGCCCAUCUUGGAAAAUGAGAUGGUGACAUUGCUCUGCAGCACUCCCAAGGAAGCACCCCAGGAGCUCCAUUACAGUUGGUACAAGAACAACAUUCUCCUGGAAGACGUCCAUGCCCCCACUUUGCACCUGCCUGCAGUCACCAGGGCUGACACUGGCUUCUACUUCUGUGAGGUGCGGAACACCCAGGGCAGUGAACGCUCCAGCCCAGUGAGCUUGGUGGUCAGAUAUCCACCCCUCCCUCCAGAACUGACUUCCUUCUUGGAGACACAGGCUGGACUUGUGGGUAUCUUCCACUGCUCUGUGGUCAGUGAGCCCCUGGCUACACUGGUGCUGUCACACAGAGGCCGCACAUUGGCCUCCAGCUCUGGAGAAAACGACUUCAACCCUCGCUUCAGCAUUUCGUCUGCUCCCAACUCCCUGCGCCUGGAGAUCCGGGACUUACAGGCAGCUGACAGUGGGGAGUACACGUGUUCUGCCACCAACUCCCUUGGAAAUGCAACUUCCAGCCUGGACUUCCAUGCCAACGUGGCCCGACUUCUCAUCAGCCCUUCAGCAGAGGUUGUGGAGGGGCAAGCAGUGACCCUGAGCUGCAAGAGUGGCCUGAGCCCAGCGCCUGACACGCACUUCUCCUGGUAUCUGAACGGAGCUCUCCUUCUGGAGGGCCCCAGCGGCAGCCUCCAGCUUCCUGCGGCUUCCAGCACCGAUGCUGGCUCAUACUAUUGUAGAGCGCAGGCUGGCCCCAACACCAGUGGCCCCUCCCUGUCCACUGUCCUCAGCGUGCUCUACCCCCCGAGAAAGCCCAUAUUCACCGCCAGGCUGGAUUUGGAUGCCUCUGGAGUGGAGGCUGGACAUCGUGGCCUCCUCUUGUGCCACGUAGACAGCGACCCCCCGGCCCAGCUACGGCUUCUCCACAAAGGCCGUGUUGUGGCCACCUCUCUGCCAUCAGGGUGUGGGAGGGACUCCCAGCGCACAAGAGUCAUCAGAACCUCCAACGCACUGCGUGUGGAGAUCCAGAAGCCGGUGUUAGAGGAUGAGGGCGUGUACCUGUGUGAGGCCAGCAACACCCUGGGCAACUCCUCUGCCUCUGCCACCUUCAACGCUAAGGCCACUGUCCUGGUCAUCACACCGUCGGACACACUGCGUGAGGGCACAGAGGCCAACUUAACUUGCAACGUGAGCCAGGAAGUUGCUGUCAGCCACGCCAACUUCUCCUGGUUCCGGAAUGGAGCGCUGUGGACCCAGGGGCCACUGGAGACUGUGAGGCUGCAUCCUGUGGUCAGGACUGAUGCUGCCAUCUAUGCCUGCCAACUCCUUACUGAGGAUGAGGCUCAGCUCUCGGCUCCCAUGGUCCUGAGUGUGCUGUAUGCCCCAGAUCCGCCAAAACUGUCAGCCCUCCUGGAUGUGGGUCAGGGCCACAUGGUUGUCUUCAUCUGCACUGUGGACAGCUAUCCCCUGGCUCGUCUGUCUCUAUUCCAUGGGGAGCGUCUCCUGGCCACCAACUUGGAACCCCGGCAUCCAUCUCAUGGCAGGUUCCAGGCCAAGGCGACAGCCAACUCCCUCCAGCUAGAGGUCCGAGAACUAGGUCUUGAGGACUCUGGAAACUACCACUGCGAAGCUACCAAUGUUCUUGGUUCAGUCAACAGUUCACUCUUCUUCCAGGUCAGAGGGGCCUGGGUGCAGGUUUCACCAUCACCUGAACUCCAGGAGGGCCAGGCUGUGGUCCUGAGCUGCCAGGUGCCCACAGGGGUCCCUGAGGGGACCUCAUACCGCUGGUAUCAGGAUGGCCGCCCCCUCCAGGAGUCGACUUCAUCCACACUCCGCAUUGCAGCCAUAAGUCUGAGGCAAGCUGGUGCCUACCAUUGCCAAGCUCAGGCUCCGGAUGCGGCUACUGCCAGCCUGGCUGCCCCUGUCAGCCUCCAUGUAGCCUACACCCCACGCCACGUCACACUGAGCGCCCUGCUGAGCGCAGGCCCUGAGCGAAUCGGCCUCCUGGUGUGCAGUGUACACAGUGACCCUCCAGCUCAGCUGCGACUGUUGCACUGGGAGCGCCUCGUGGCCUCUACCCUACAAGGGCCAGAGGAACUGGCAAGCAGCAACCCCCGGCUGCGUGUAACUGUGAGCUCCAACGAGUUGCGCCUGGAGAUCCACUUUACAAGGCUGGAGGAUGGCGGUACCUAUACCUGCGAGGCCACCAACACACUGGGCCAGGCCUCUGCUACAGCUGACUUCAAUGCCCAGGCUGUGCGUGUGACAGCGUGGCCCAAUGCCACUGUGUACGAGGGGCAGCAGGUGAACCUGACCUGCUUGGUAUGGACUACCCACCAGGUCCCACUCAGCUACACGUGGUACAAGGGUGGGCAGCAACUCCUCGGUGCCAGUUCCAUCUUCCUGCCUAAUGUCACAGUUAUGGAUGCUACGUCCUACCGCUGUGGUGUGGGGCUCCCUGGCCAAGCACCCUAUCUCUCCAGACCCUUUACCCUGGAUGUUCUCUAUGCUCCCCGAAGCCUGCGGCUGACCUACCUCCUAGAGACCCAGGGCAGGCAGCUGGCCCUGGUACUGUGUACUGUGGAUAGUCGCCCACCCGCCCAGCUAACUCUCAGCCACGGUGGCCGCCUCCUAGCCUCCUCAACUGAAACCUCUGUCCCCAACACUCUGCGCCUAGAGCUUUGGGACCCAAGGCCUAGUGACGAGGGACUCUAUAGCUGCUCUGCCCAUAGCCAAUUGGGCAAGGCCAACACAUCCCUGGAGCUUCGGCUGGAAGGUGUACGAGUGACGAUGAAUCCCUCUGCUUCUGUGCCCGAAGGGGAGCCUGUCACAGUGACCUGCAAGGACCCUGCUGCUCUCUCACCCACUCUCUAUUCCUGGUUUCACAAUGGCCGUUGGCUUCAGGAGGGGCCAGCUUCCUCACUCCAGUUCCUGGUGACUACACGGGGUCAUGCUGGUGCUUACUUUUGCCAGGUGCAUGACACCCAGGGCACACGCAGCUCCAGGCCGGCCACCCUGCAACUUCUCUAUGCCCCUCGGGAUGCUGUCCUGUCUUCCUUUCAAGACUCGAGGACCAGGCUCACGGUCGUGAUACAGUGCACUGUGGACAGCGAACCACCCGCUAAGUUGGUCUUAUCCCACAGUGGCAAGGUGCUAGCUGCCAGCCAUGAGCCUCAGAGCUCAGCAUCAGGGGUGGGCCAUGUCCAGGUAUCCCGGAAUGCUCUUCGACUACAGGUCCAAGAUGUAGAUGAUGGCAGUGCCUAUGUUUGCACCGCCCAGAAUGCACUGGGUUCCAUCAGUACCACCCAGAGACUCCUGAGGGAGAUUGAUAUACACGUGGCAGCCGAGCCAGGCUUGGAUGUGCCAGAGGGCACAGCCCUGAACCUAAGCUGCCACCUCCCUGGUGGCUCCCAGCCCACGGGCAACUCCACGUUCAGAUGGUUCUGGAACCGCCAUCCACUACACGCAGCUCCUGUGCCCACACUCUCCUUCACCCACGUGGCCCGGGCUCAGGCUGGGUUGUACCACUGCAGGGCUGAGCUCCCCACUGGAGUCACCACCUCUGCUCCAGUCAUGCUACGUGUCCUCUACCCUCCCAAGAUGCCCACUCUGACAGUGUUCGUGGAGCCUCAGGGUGGCCUCCAGGGCAUCCUCGACUGUCGAGUGGACAGUGAGCCCCUGGCCAGCCUCACCCUCCACCUGGGCAGUCAACUAGUAGCCUCCAACCAACCCCAGGGCGCUCCCGCCGCCGAGCCUCACGUCCGCAUCUCCGCCCCCCCCAAUGCCUUGAGACUGGACUUUCAGGAGCUCGGACCCAGCAACCAGGGGGAGUACGUGUGCACCGCCUCCAAUGCCCUGGGCUCCGCCUCCGCCUCCGCCUACUUUGGGACCAGAGCCCUGCACCGGCUUCAAAUGUUCCAGCAACUUCUCUGGGUCUUGGGAAUUCUGGCGGGCUGCCUGUGCCUGCUGCUGGGCCUGGGGGCCUGGCGCACCUGGAGAGCGAAGCAUUCUCAGAAGCUGAAUGUGGAAGAGUCAGCAGAGAUGGCCACGCAGAAAGAUACCGUCCAGGUAUCCAUUCAACCCGUGUGAGCGCAUGUAGGUGUGACAGUGUCC